CUAAUUUGUUCAACAAUGGGUGAGAAGCGCUUUCAUUUUCUGUGGACACCCUCAUCACCGCUCCAGCCAGCAGACGGCGGAAGAAAGGAGGAAGUGGAAACAUCAGCACUAUCUCUUCGACAGAGGAGAGUCAGGGUGGGCGAAAACACUGAGUGACGCACAGCGGCCACACGCUCACAAACUCCGGACAUCAGUGGAGGAAAGACGGAAGGAAGGAAAGGAGCGUCCUCGCUUCGACAGGCUUGUAUGAUCCAUCUCCAGCAGUGCUGACUGAGGAGUGAGGCAGCAGGACUUACACUAAACUCCUCCCCCUGCAGCCAUGCCGCCACCUGCAGACAUCGUCAAGGUGGCCAUUGAAUGGCCAGGGGCGUUCCCCAAGCUCAUGGAGAUUGAUCAGAAAAAGCCUCUCUCAGCCAUCAUCAAGGAGGUUUGUGACGGGUGGUCCCUAGGAAGCAAUGAAAACUUUGCUUUGCAGAUUGCUGAUUCUACAAAUUUCUACAUAACAGAAAAGAAUCGCAACAACAUCAAGAAUGGCUCCAUUCUGCGUUUGACCACCUCUCCUUAUCAGACUGCUCUCCAGCUUCAUGAACGAAUCCAGUCAUCCAGCAUGGAUGCAAAGCUUGAGGCGCUGAAAGACUUGGCCAAUGCUUCCCGGGAUAUCACCUUUGCACAGGAGUUCAUUAACCUGGACGGCAUCUCGCUUCUAACUCAGAUGGUGGAGAGUGGGACUGAGCGCUAUCAGAAACUACAGAAGAUUAUGAAGCCCUGUUUCGGCGACUUGUUGUCCUUUACUCUGACAGCCUUCGUGGAGCUGAUGGAUCAUGGAAUUGUCUCCUGGGAUACGUUCUCUGUGGCUUUCAUCAAGAAGAUUGCCAGCUAUGUGAACAAGGCGGCCAUGGACACGGCCGUGCUGCAGCGCUCCCUGGCCAUCCUAGAGUCCAUGGUGCUCAACAGUCAGGAUCUCUACCACAAGGUGGCGCAAGAAAUCACCAUCGGACAGCUCAUUCCUCAUCUCCAGGGGACUGACCAGGACAUUCAGACUUAUACUGUCGCUGUUAUCAAUGCUCUGUUCCUCAAAGCCCCAGAGGAGAAGAGACAGUAUGAUGAGCACAUUGUGGACAUCCUAGACUGUCCUCUGACAGAGAUGGCCCACAUUCUGGCCCAAAAGCAGCUGCGCUCCAUCAUUCUUACUAAUGUGAUCCGUAAUCCCACGCCCAUCAAUGAUGAGAUGGCACACCAGCUAUAUGUGCUGCAGGUGCUCAAUUUCAACUUGCUAGAAGACCGCAUGAUGACCAAGAUGGAUCCUCAGGACCAGGCUCAAAGAGACAUUAUCUUUGAGUUGCGGAGAAUUGCCUUCGAUGUGGAGUGUGAACCCAAUAACAGCGGCAGCAUUGAGAAACGCAAGUCCAUGUACACCCGUGACUACAAAAAGCUUGGUUUUAUUAAUCAUGUCAAUCCAGCUGUGGAUUUUACCCAGAUUCCUCCUGGGAUGCUGGCUCUGGAUAACAUGCUCUAUUUUGCUAGACACCACCAGGAUGCCUACAUAAGGAUUGUUCUGGAGAAUAGCAGCAGAGAAGACAAGCACGAGUGUCCAUUUGGCCGCAGCAGCAUCGAGCUGACCAAGAUGCUCUGUGAGAUUCUAAAAGUGGGAGAGCUGCCGAGUGAAAACUGCCAUGAUUUCCAUCCCAUGUUCUUCACCCACGAUCGCUCCUUUGAGGAAUUCUUCUGCAUUUGCAUUCAGCUGCUCAACAAGACCUGGAAAGAGAUGAGAGCCACCAGUGAAGACUUUAACAAGUGCCUGUGGCUGACAUCAAAGCUGUUAUUACUGGCAAAGACUGUCCUCACAUGAAGGAAAAGGGAGCCCUGAAGCAAAACAAGGAGGUGUUGGAACUGGCUUUUUCUGUUCUGUACGAGUCAGAUGAAUACCUAAACUUCAUAGCUCCUGACAAACACGAGUACUGUGUGUGGACUGAUGGUCUGAAUGCUCUUCUGGGAAAGGAGAUGACCAGCGAUUACACCAAAUCCGACCUGGACACCCUCCUCUCCAUGGAGAUGAAGCUCCGCCUCUUGGAUCUAGAGAACAUCCAGAUUCCAGAGGCCCCGCCCCCAAUUCCCAAAGAACCUAGCAAUUAUGACUUUGUUUAUGACUGUAAUUAAAUGUAAAACGACCCAAACGAACCCGGCACCUUCUGUAUUCACUGGACCAAUUAUUUUCUUAGAAACUGGAGCAAGAAUAAUAAAAAAAAGAAAACAAAGAAAAAAAUUUAAAGAAGUGCGACUGAAAGAUGGAUUUACUGAACUGUUCUUACUAGACCUUUGUAAAAGAGAAAAUGGUGCAUAUCAUCCUUAAUCAUUGCACUUGAGAGACCUAAAGGCCAGAUCAGUCCUCGUGUUGCCAUGGAGAUAAGAAAGCCAGCAUUUGUUUGGCCUGUAGUUAAACCUUGUUUGACUCUUUCUUUGCCCUCUUUCCGUCUCUGAUCUUUACCGAUUCUAGACUCAGUCAUGUUCCGUCAUUUUGCUUCAAAAAUGUUGUAGAAACGUGCUUAGAAAAAAUGCCAACAUAACCCCUUUUGCUUGUUAUUUGUCCUCAUUUUGUUGGUUUUCCUCUGGGAUUUUUUUUUUCUUUUUUUAAGGGAGGGAUGAUGUAUUUUUUAUGUCAUUUUUCCAAUGCUAUUUAUUUUCUGUCACAUUCCAGUGAACUUUGUGGCAGCUAAAUGUCUAACAUGAAACCUGAUUACACUUAAUGAACCAAUACGUCUUGGAAAAAAACUAUUGUAGUCGCAUUGAUCUCCUCUCAUACUCACUUACUCAAAACUGUUGAAAGCAACAAAAGUCCCUGUCCUGCAGUGAAAAAUGCUCCUGUUUUUGAAAAAUCAAUGUUCUUGCCACACUGCUGCUUUUUGCUUCUUGUACACUCCUACACAUGUGGCUUUGCCGACCAUAAAAGCACCACCUUUGUGAAACACACUUGUCUCCCUAAUUUGCCUCACUACUUGUAAAUGCUGCUGUAUCAGGAAAAUUUGAGCUUUUAUUUUGACAUUUGUUAAUUGUCAUUUUAGUCAUUUUUUUAUUAUUGUUGAUAGUUGCAAAUUUGAGCGUUUUUAUUUAUUUCAAUACAGAUCGUAGUUGUUUUUUUUUCUAUUAUGACUUAUAUUUUCCCUUUACUAUUAAAUGCCUUCUUAUAUUUUUCUUUAGGAUUUUUCCAAGCUCCCUAAACCUGCUGUUUGCAUUAAAGAAUGGAAAACUGA